GGAACGGGGCGGACCGGGGUUGGCCCGGGCAGGGCGGAGCUGAGGCGGAGAUGCCGCGUAGGCCCGCAGGUCGGGCGGCUGGGCUGCGAGCUCGAGCCCCAUGCGCUGCUGUUCGCCCCCGCGAUGUUGCCCUCCCGGAGGAAGGUGACGCAGCUGCCCUGGGAGGACAGCAGGUCCAGGUUGCUCCCUGGAGGCCUCCGCCGGAAAUGCUCCAUCUUCCACCUCUUCAUUGCCUUUCUCUUGUUGGUCUUCUUCUCCCUACUUUGGCUGCAGCUCAGCUGCUCUAGUGAUAUGGCCCAGGCAGCCAGGGGACAAGGGCAGGAGACCUCAAGUCCACCUCGGACUUGCCCCCCAGAGCCACCUCCUGAGCACUGGGAAGAAGAUGAAUCCUGGGGUCCCCACCGCUUGGCAGUACUGGUUCCCUUCCGUGAACGCUUUGAAGAGCUCCUGGUCUUUGUGCCCCAUAUGCACCGAUUCCUAAGCAGGAAGAAGAUCCAGCACCAUAUUUAUGUGCUCAACCAGGUGGAUCAUUUCAGGUUCAACCGGGCAGCUCUCAUCAAUGUGGGAUUCCUGGAGAGCAGCAACAGCACGGACUACAUUGCCAUGCAUGAUGUGGACCUGCUUCCUCUCAAUGAGGAGCUGGACUAUGGCUUCCCGGAGGCCGGGCCCUUCCACGUGGCCUCCCCGGAGCUCCACCCACUCUACCACUACAAGACCUAUGUGGGCGGCAUCCUGCUGCUCUCCAAGCAGCACUACCAGCUGUGCAACGGGAUGUCCAACCGCUUCUGGGGCUGGGGCCGAGAGGAUGAUGAAUUCUACCGGCGCAUCAAAGGAGCUGGCCUCCAGCUUUUCCGUCCCUCAGGAAUCACAACUGGAUACCAGACAUUUCACCACCUGCAUGACCCAGCCUGGCGGAAGAGGGAUCAGAAACGCAUCGCAGCUCAAAAACAGGAGCAAUUCAAGGUGGACCGGGAGGGAGGCCUGAACACUGUGAAGUAUCGGGUAGAUUCCCGCACAGCACUGUCUGUGGGUGGAGCACCCUGCACUGUUCUCAAUGUCAUGUUGGACUGUGACAAGGUGGCCACCCCUUGGUGCGUAUUUGGCUGAGUUGGCUAAAGAGUAAGGAAGCCUACGCCUCUUUAGACCCAAAGCUACUCAGGCUUGGGAGAAAACCUCUGGCCUUGGGCCCAGCAGGGGUACGAUUGGAGUGGCCUGAAGAAAUAGCCAGCCAGCCUCUGUCUGUACCAGCCGGGCCCCCAGAGCCAGGCUUGAGCCAAGGCAGGAUGCAGGCCAUACCUGGGAAGCUACUGGAAACAAACUGUUUGGAGAGAGAGACUGGAAGGCGGCUCUUGAUUCCACCCUGCCUUCUUGCUCUUCCUACUCUGCCUAUGGGCAAUGAACGAUUGGCUACAGCAUUGGCAGUGUGUCUUUGGCUGCUUCCCACCAGACAGCCUUGUGCAGAGAUGUAGUCAGAAGCCAUGGGGCUGGUGUGCAUGGUAAUGGCUUACAAGGACACUUAGAACCUCAGAAACCAGAGCACAAACCCCACAAAAAGCAGCAGAUACCAGCUGCUGUCACCAUGGAGGAUCAUGGGCCUGGCAUCCAGAUCUGACUUCUCAGAAGAAACUAGAAUGCUGGAUUCUGCUGGAUCAGAAGAUUCAGCAGAAUCUUCUGAUUUUUAAAUGUUAGCAGCUAAGUGAAACUCAAAACAUGGCAGGCCAAACAAAAUGUGUUGUGAACCACUGGUCUGUCACAUUUGGUUGACAAAGAGGAAGGGGAAAACCAGACACCUCUGUUAUAUGCUGGCAAGCAGUGGGAUCGGUGGUAGGGGUUAGGGUGGAGGUGAAGGUGGGAAGAGAUGCCAAAGGCACAAUUCCUGUACUCCCCUGACCUCCCUGACCUUCCAGGCUACUAGGCAGCUCCUUUCCCCUCUGGGCAGCUUGAUCCCCUCCUGGUUCUGUCUGGUUGGGCUCCAACUCUGCCAUAGGCACUUCAUCUUGCCUUGUUGAGACAAUGGAAGGAAGGAUGGCAGCUGAAGUAAAUGGAAGGACCUGACUGAGGGUGGAUAGGGCAAGUUAUUGAUGCCUCAGGUUGAGGAAUCGGGGAAGGGAGCCAUGUUUCUGAGAUGGGAGAAGUUGAAUAGAAUCCCUAGAGUAUUCUCAUAGCUGGAAGGAAAUUGAGGACUGUUGGAAUGAGGGACAGCAUGGGAUUGGAGAGUGAUGGGGGUGGCAUUUAGAGGAAGCCCAUGGCCAACAAGAGGGAUGAAGCAGUACUUGUUUGCCCUAGUCUCCUGUCAAUCUUGGUCACCUCGUGUUGGAUUUACAUGUAACAUGGGCAAUAACUCUUGCCCCUUAGGGUUGAACAUCAUGUGAUGUCAAAACUCCUAGCUCUCAUUCACUUGGUGUGGGAAGACCUGAAAAGAUAGGGGCUGUUCUGCACUGGGGUUAUGAAACUAGCAAAAGAAAGGCCAAGAAAAAAUAUCUUCACCUUGGCCCAGUCAGCAGCCUGGGCUGGGGUACAGCUCCAUUCCUACAUUCUAUACUCUCCUGUGGCUGCUGCCACUACCUCCAUCAUUGAGGGCUGGUGGGUACUCCAGGCCACCCUGGUUGUACCCCAUAUCUGCAGCCUUCCUUGUUCCCUAUCCUGGGUUUCUCGCAUUCCAUGAAAAUGCAAGAAGGCUGAGCCAUAGUGGGCCAGGGUGAAGUAGAAGACGGUCAUUUGCCCAGUUUGUGCACUGGAUCCAGCUAACAUUCUUACCCUCAUGCUGGGGAUAUGAAUAAAAUGCUCCAGGACAUAGGAGUGCUUGGCUAGUAUGGGCAUGGUGGAUAUCACUCAAAGCAGUUGCUACAUAAAAACCCCUCCACGUAAGAUCCUGUAUAUUCUGUAUAAA